AUGGCUCCAUCAGACACUCUGUGCGCGGUGCUGGAGAGGGACACGCUGGGCAUCAGGGAGAGCCGUCUGUUCGGGGCGGUCGUGCGCUGGUCCGAGGCCGAGUGCUUCAGGCAGCAGCUGCCGAUCACUGCGGAGAACAAGCAGAAGGUUCUGGGCAAGGCCCUCACCCUCAUCCGCUUCCCGCUCAUGACCGUGGAGGAGUUCGCGGCAGUAAACCCCAAACCGCGGGUUGAGUACAAUGACAGGCCCCGCUGCAGUCUCAGGGGAAAGGAGUGCAGUAUUAGUAGAUUCCAGCAGGUUGAGAGUCGAUGGGGAUACAGUGGGACCAGCGACCGCAUUAGAUUUAAUGUCAAUAGAAGAAUAUCAGUAGUUGGGUUUGGCUUAUACGGUUCAAUACACGGACCCAACGACUACCAGGUCAACAUUCAGAUCAUCGAGAGUGAUAAGAGCCAGACGCUGGGCCAGAACGACACGGGCUUCAGCUGCGACGGCACGGCCAGCACCUUCAGGGUCAUGUUCAAGGAGCCCGUGGAGAUCCUGCCCAACGUCAGCUACACCGCAUGCGCCACGCUGAAGGGUCCGGACUCCCACUACGGUACCAAAGGUCUGAAGAAGGUGAGCCAGGAGUCGGGGCCCGGCCCCAAAACCACCUUCUUCUUCUUCAGCUCGCCAGGCAACAACAACGGUACCUCGGUAGAGGACGGCCAGAUCCCCGAGAUCAUUUACUACAUCUGAUGUCCUCCAGUCGGCCCCCCCACCAGGGCAGGGCAGGGUGGGGGCAGCCCACCCGGGGGCCUCUGCGCCGGUGGGGGCUGCAGGGCUAGACAGACCCUGGCUCUCCACAUCCAUGUGGACGGUUCCAGAGUUGUGUGUUUCUACUUGUGGAUGGGAUGCUAUGUCUAACUGUAGUGUUUCUCCCCAAUCAUCUUCUUUUGAUUGUAUUUUUUUGUCGAUGUAUGUUCAUUGUUUCGUUUUUUUAUAUCAUGCAAAACUAGUCACAGAAACACGGGAUUUAUGGGUGACAAGGUUUAAUUUGCUUUAGUUUAAGGGCCAGUGGGAAUUUGCAGGUGAUCAAUACUUUGGUUUUAGGUUGGAGGUGAAAUUGAUUGUAUGCUGUAGACUUGUCAUUAUUACUCAAAGGCACGACCAGACAGCCAAGGUACAUGUGUAGUUUAUCUCUUUAAAUCCUCAUAUACACUCAACAUUGCCUUGUCUUAUUCUUUUGGAUCGUCUUUGCAGACCAGCUCAGAAGCUCUGUAGACACGUUUUCUUUUUUUAUAUGUGCACCAGCAGCAUCACUCAUUCAGCUGUAGUUUAAGUGUUUUUUAGUCCAUGGAUGCGGCUCAAUGUGUAUAUACUGGUACGAGAUUGCUUGUGGUACAAACUAAUUUAUGAUGCCAUAUUGUUUUCUAAGCACUUAAAAUGUAAUAAAACCAUCUUUGACACUU